AUGAAGGAUUUCAAAGCUGGAUUCCGUAGGCUGUACAACCAAAUAUAUGCCUACAAUCUCUAUUCACCUGAAGAAGAGGAAUAUAGCAACGAGGACAACAGUCAUCAAACAAUUUCUCAGAAACAGCAAAAAUACACAACGUGGCUGUACAUCGUUUUUCUAUUCGUCUCUCUCUAUGUUCUAUUUUAUAUGGCUUUGAUAAAACCACAAGAAGAACCCGUUGUUGUCCUUGGGAUAACUCCAACCAUCUUCAAAAAUCUGAAUAAUAAAUAUCGCGACACUCUCUCUUGCCCAUGUUCAACAAUUACAAUGCGAUAUGAUGCUAUUCUUUCUCAUAACAUCGAAUUUCAUCCCAUCUGUUCGAGCAUUUUCAUUAGUCGAGAAUGGAUUGAAGCAUUGUAUUUGACCAAUGCUAGCCGAUACCCUAUGGCAGAUUUUCGUAAAACUGCCAGUCGUCAGUUUCACCUUUUGUCCAGUAUGUGCUCGCUUUCUACGGAUGCGAUUCUAAAAGUGAAGACAGAUGUUGAUAGCAAGGAGCUUAUCAGUAAAUAUAUUCAGACUGAAAUGCAGGUUGCAUCUGAAGUAAAUGCAGUGGUUGAUUCAUUGAGAAACAGCGUUUCUCUUCAAUUGGUUUCAUUUCUCAACUAUCUACAUAUGACUGAUGUCGGCAAUUAUCUAAUCUCAGCUUUGAAUACAAACGCAGUUUUUAAAUUUCUAGUUGAAUCUAAUCGCAUUGGGACUGCGGCAGAAGGAAUGAAUUACUGUGUUGAGACGAAUAAUGGAGCAGAUUGCAACAUGUGUGGCAGUGUGAAUCACGCUAGCGCAGCAACUUUUGUUCCAUCAUUCCACUAUAACAAGUCUUAUCUUUACUCUUCUUGGACAGAUCCUCUUUCAGAUUCAAUGUUCGUCGAUGGUUUCUUUAUCGCAUGUACUCCUUUUCAAGCAAUUCUUCGUAGCACAUUAGAUUGCUUAUACAAUGGCAAAUGUAUUGAUUUAUUAACGAAAUAUUUUCCCAAACUUUCACAAACAUCUCGCAAUUGGAACGAUCAUAUUCUUACAUCAAAACAAGCGAAUCUUUCUGUCAUUGAUCAUUUGAAUAAUCUGUUUGUAGAAAACUGGAACAAACAAUUGAACUAUUCACAAUAUUUUGCUAAAUGUAAUCCUGCAUCUUGUUCGUACACAACAACAAAUCGGGGAAAUGUAUAUCAUGCAAUCACGCUUUUGAUUAGUCUUUACGGUGGCCUAAUUAUCGUACUUCGCACGGCGGCUCACUUAUUUACCCAUAAUGUAUUUAAAUUCUAUAACUGGUGUUCAAGAAGUACCAUACGUUUUUCCUACAAAAUACAGCUGCGAACACCUAUUCGAUUAAUUCAACAGCUAAACCUAUUUUCAACGAUCAAUCAAAGAACAGAAGAAGACAUCAGACGACAAAAAAUUAUCACACGUACUUAUCUCACUUUACUCUGCGUCGCAUUACUUGUUCUUGUCCUUUUCAAUUCAUUGGCUAUGCAAACAUUUACCGUAACUGUCAAAAAUCCAUCACUAGACAUGUACAUCAACUUGCAGGGUUUCCAUUCCGAUACACUCAAAUGUCCAUGCUCGACGUUGCAAAUUCCUUAUAAAAGGUUCGUCACAUUGAGGCCCACUCUACAUCAGAUAUGUUCGAGUAAUUUUGUUGAUUCUCGUUGGCUGGUCAUAUUAUCAACAAUCGAAAUAACUGUCGAUCUAACCGAUUGGCGUGGUCGUGCUCGGUCACAAUUUCAACUACUGCAAAAUAUUUGCCAAUUUGCUAACACGACGAUUCAAGACAUGAUGCAACGUUUUAUGUUACAACUGUUUGUAACGUCAGAUCUGUUGAUCGAAAGCGACUUCAUAGUUAAGAUGGAAAAAAAUUUCGAACAAUUCUUUUCAUUGAACAAUUCGUAUUUCAACCUUUUGAUUGAAACCUCAAAUCUUCUUACCCAGGUCGAUCAACCAUAUAGAGUCACAGACAAAAAGCGCCAACUGUCUAUAAGUCCAGCGUUAAUCGUGAGCAUGACAACAAAUAAGCAAGUAAUUAACAUCACACUUCCAUUAGUUGGAACGUAUGACGUAGAAUCAAACGAAAUGAAUUGUAUUUGUAUGACAAAUCCUCACUGUCAAAGUCCAAUAGUUAUCCGCGACUUUGGUAAUGACUUAGGAUUUGAAUACACUUUUGAUGCUGUUUACUUUAUGCCGGGAUGGGUCGGACGAUGUUCAGCUAUAGAAUCUCUUCUAUUCUCGACACUGGAAUGCUUUUAUUCCGAUUCAGAUUGCUAUUAUUUGCUGAUGCGUUAUGUUGAAUACAAGUACGACCGAAACGAUAAUGACGUAUCGAACUUCUAUACUCGUCCUCUCGUUUAUCAUCCAACGCUGACUCGUUUUCCACCGAAUACUCGAAUUACAACACUCGUCGAAAAUCUUAUGAUCGAACACUGGAAUCGAACAUUUUCAUAUAAAAACUAUUAUGAAAGUUGUGCGCCGAUGGUCUGUACAUAUUCGAAGAAAACUCGUGCAAAAAAUGCCUUGGAAGUCAUCUUAACAUUAUUUUCAGUCAUCGGAGGUCUCAAUUUAUCACUACGUUUUAUCACACCAUAUCUUAUUAGUUUCAUCUUACAUCUGUUUCGACUAGUUUGUCGAAAACCAACACAAGUAGAAGUUCAAGUUCGUGUAACUUGCUGCAGUAGAAUGAGACAGAUAUUUAAACGUGUAUACCCCGAAUUAAUCAAUUUAAACAUAUUUUGUAAGCGUGAUUUUGGUCGCAGUAUUAAUCAAGAAAUCGCUAAACGUCUCGGACGAUGGGCUACGCAAAUCUAUAUCCUUCUACUCAUCUUCGGUUUCGUGAUUCUCGUUCUAUAUACUGUUAUUAAACCUGUAUCUAUAACAAAAAAUUUCCCAACUCCAUCUUUGGAUACAUACGAUGAACUCAGAUCGGUUUAUGGUGAUCAACUGCAAUGUUCGUGUUCAUUUGUUUCCUUAGUUCAUCGACAAUUCAUCGAAGUUCAACCGAAGUUUCACCAGAUUUGCUCAAGUGUGUUUGUUUCAGAUGAAUUUCGAAAGAGUUUAGUAUCUGGACUCGGACCAAAUCUGUUCGUUUAUGAGCGUAAAGACUAUCGUCGUUUUAUUUUCGCUCAUAUGCAUUUUCUCUCUGGAUUGUGUCACCUUUCGAGAAAAUCAGUUAACAGCUCCAUUGAACAGUUCCUCUCUUCAUUAAUGGUGACGACACACAUGCUAUCACGAGUAAGUUUCCGUCAACGUCUUAAUUCACGCAUACAACAACUAAAAAGCACGGCUCCGAACAUACUUUCUCAAAUUCUCUUCUUGAUAAGGUUUACACAUCUUGGAAAUAGUAUCGUAUCAACCUAUGGAACAAAUUUUCACUACCUUCCCACCGAAUGGAAACAAAUGAAUCAGGCUAUCUACAUUGCAAGCGAAUCUUUAAUCUAUGAUAAUCAAUGUUCCUGUGGAUUGUCUUCUAAUUGUACUAGUCAAGGUUAUUUACAAGGUUUAAAAAUUGGUUGCAUACCGAGUGAAUCGUUCCGUAGUUCCACUAUUGAGUGUUUCUAUAACUCAUCAUGUAUUCAAUACAUUCAAGAAUAUACUAACUUUACGUUUUCGAAGACUUUAUCGUCAACAGAGAGUCGUUUCUCAGUACAAGCGACAAUUCAUGAGCUAAGUGACAAUUUAUUUAUCGAAGAUUGGAACAUAACAGUGAACUAUUCAUUGUAUUACAGAGCGUCUCUGUUACUUGCCCUUCAAGGCGGAUUAUCAAUUUUUCUUAAAAUAGCGUGUCCAUGGAUUAUUCGAAUUGUUUUUAAAAUCUAUAAACGUUAUCAAAGACGUAGAAAUAUGAUUGAACCUGUUGAGUCUUCUCGAAGAACAACAACUGAAGUUAUUCCAUCGCCUCAAUAUUCUAAGAAGAUCAUUUGGAUCUGUUUUCUACUUAUAAUUAUCACCAUAUCUCUCAUCGUUUUUUCUUUUUUCAUUCUUUCUCAGAGUUAUACAACAUCAACGGUGAUCGUCAACAUUAUGAAUACCACGCCAGCCAUAGAAAUAACAGUAUCAACUCGCGCGAAAUGUCUGUUGAAAUUCCAACAAAUAUCAAAGUAUCAAGGUAGUUUCUAUGGACAUAUACAGUCGCACGUCAUAGCGGAUUUCGACUAUAACGGGCAUCUCGAUUUCGCUUACUUUGACGACAAUAGCCAUAGCAUCGUUGUACGACUCGGUGACGGUGCUGGAUAUUUUGAAGACGUAAAAGAAUCUUUUGUAGAGGCAGACGAACUUGUAACAGGCAUGAUUGUUGCUGAUUUGAAUGAUGAUGAUCAAUUAGAUCUUGUUUUAUUGCAUGAUAAUGUGGACCUGAUAAGUAUCUUCAUUGGAACAGCUAAUGGGACCUUCGAAAGAUUAAUAACAUUGACCACGACACGUAGAACUUUUCCGGGAUAUGUUACUGUCGCCCACUUAAAUAACGACGGUUAUCUAGAUAUUGCCGUCGCCAAUCCUCUAAAUAGUAAUAUCGGCAUAUUCUUUGGAAGUGGCAAUAUGACUUUCUCUGCAGAAGCGCUAAUUUCCACUGGUAGUGAGAGUUGGCCUAUUUCAUUAGCCGUUCUCUUCUACGACAAAGACAACUAUCGAGAUAUUCUCAUCCUCAAUUCCGAUACGCAAUAUGUCAGUCUAUUGGUGGGAGAUGGUAUUGGCAAUUUUCAACCACGAAAGCCAUUUUUUGCAAAAGCUGGUCAUCAUCCAUCGACCAUGACAGUCGUCAACUUCGAUAAUGAUACGCGACCCGAUGUUGUCCUGACGCAUGGCCGCACAAACAAGAUAACGAUUAUGUCUGAACAUGGUAAUCGAAUUUUGGGCAUAGCAAAAAACUAUUUUGUUCAAGGUGGUGACAGAGUUUCUUCGAUUGCCAUAACUGACUUUGAUAACGAUGGAUAUUUAGACAUUGGAGUCGGUCAAAGCGCACCUUUUGGUGUAUCAAUUUUGUUUGGUCAACCAGAUGGAAAUUUUCAUAAGCAACAAACAGUAUUUUCGUCCGAAAUUACGACUGCAUUUGCCUUGAUCGUCACCAGCGAUCUUGAUAAUGAUGGAUAUCCAGACAUCAUUGUCACAGAAGAGAAAUCUGGAACUAUGAACAUUCUUUUAAAUAAAUGCAACUAA